AUGGCGGACAACAGCAGCGGCGGCUCUACCUCUGCAGAGCAGAAGAAGAGUCUCAUCCUAAAUGCCUUUGUCAUGAUGACCAGCGGACAUCAGUCCCCUGGGCUAUGGCGGCAUCCCGAUGACAAGUCUUGGCAGUUUGACAGUACUGAGCAUUGGGUGAACCUGGCAAAGUACCUCGAGAAGGCCAAGUUCCACGGCAUCUUCAUUGCCGACGUCCUUGAGACUCUCAUCCUGACCUCAGGCGGAUACGAUGUCUACAAGAAGUCCCUCGACACCGCCAUCAUCGACGGUGUUCAGUGGCCCGUGACCGAGCCGCUCUCGGUGGUGCCGGCCAUGGCUGCAGCCACUGAGAGCAUCGGCUUCGGCGUGACGGUCUCGACCACUUACGAGCAGCCUUACCACCUGGCCCGUCGCCUCUCUACUGUCGACCAUCUCACCAAGGGAAGAGUUGGCUGGAACAUCGUGACAAGCUAUCUUGACUCUGCUGCCAGGAACCUCGGCCGGACGGAGCAGCUCUCGCACGAUGAGCGUUACGCCGUGGCUGAGGAGUACAUGAAGGUCAUCUACAAGCUCCUCCAAUCCUCCUGGAGAGAUGACGCCGUCAAGCUUGACCGCGCCAAGGGGAUCUACGCAUCUCCCGACCUCGUCCGCCAGAUCGACCACAAGGGAAAGUACUUUGAAGUCCCCGGACCUCACAUCGUCCACCCCAGCCCUCAGCGCACCCCGCUCCUCCUCCAGGCCGGCGGCUCCAAGGCCGGCAAGGCCUUCGCCGCGCAGCACGCCGAGGCCAUCUUCACCUCCGCUCACGCCCCGGAGGUGUGCGCCAAGAACGUGUCCGAGAUCCGGCAGUCGGCCAAGGAAGACUUUGGCAGAGACCCCAAGUCCCUCAAGGUUCUCGCACUCGUCACUCCCAUCCUCGGCCGCACCGAGGAGGAGGCCCGUGCCAAGUACGAAGACUACAGGCAGUACGCCUCGACGGAGGGUGCCCUCACCCUGUUCGGCGGUUGGACCGGCUGGGACCUCGACGAGUACGGCGACGAGGAGGAGCUGCGCGAGGUGGAGAGCAACGCUGUCCGAUCCACCGUCCAGGGCUACGCGCGCUUCUCCCCGGCCAACUCAAAGUGGACCAAGCACACCGUCGCCGAGCAUGUCAGCCUGGGCGGAAACGGCCCUCUAUUCGUCGGGACACCGUCGCAGGUGGCUGACAGCCUCGAGACCUGGGUCCGCGAGGCCGACGUUGACGGCUUCAACUUUGGAUAUGUUCUCUUCCCGUCCUCGUUUGAGGAUAUCGUCGAGCUCUUGAUUCCUGAGCUGCGUGCUCGCGGUCUAUUCUGGGAUGACUACGCCGUUCCCAAGGGCACCUAUCGCGAGAACUUCUACACAACGCCCGGUCGCGCAUACCCGCCCGCGGACCAUGUCGCAGCCAAGUACCACUGGGCUGCCGGGACGGAGAAGGAGGACCACCAGAUUCCCGAGUAG